CAGCAAGGUAAAACGAGUACCCCCUUAACUUCCAUUAUCUCCCUGACAUUCAGGAGAGAUUUCUAGGAUUUGUUAUGAAUACGUGGGUUACACGAUUGACAGUCCCUAAAUUGUCAUCAAGCCUCCUCCGCAACUUGUGACUCGGGUAAUUUUUUGCUGAAAUCAUUCAUCGCUGGCCCCCCGACGCCGCCAUAAUUUUUAGGUCCGUACGCCUUUUAAGGAGUAUAUGACAGUUGAUAACAAGUUUCAUUGAGUAAAGCAAUAUCAUAUUUCCAAGAUAAACCAAACAGUAUUAUUUUUUUCAUUUAUAUUGCUUGAUUAGUGCUGGAAGAAUUUUUGUCAAAAAAAGACAAGGUGUUAAAUAUAAUGUGAUGCAAUCAUCAGGAUGGAUGUUUCAAAUUUUUGCAUAAUCAUUUCGUAUUGGUGAUCUUGUGUGAUGAUUAGGCUAAGUGGUAACCGCUCCAGGAGUUGUCUAUUCUGUACCAGCGCGCGGGCUUGAUGUACGCUGAGAUUUAGAUGUAAGGAAAGAUUAGGGAUUCCUAACGCUCGCCUGCAGAAAUCUCAUCAACGGACAUCCUCGAUUUCCGACGAUCAUUCCAGAAGGAGCGAUGCUAUCAAUUCGGGUAUUUCGUAAAGGACUUGGAAAGCAAGUAUUGUCAUUUUGGGGCAAAGCCACCCGCGGACUACACAAUUUACCUACUGAGUCGGAAAUUAAGAUCAGUGAAAGUCCGGUGUGUUCUUACAACGAAUGGGAUCCGCUUCAAGAAGUGAUAGUAGGUCGGGCAGAGAACGCAACUGUUCCACCAUUCACAGCCGCAACGAGAGCUCACGCUCCUGAAGAGCAUGUGCAGUUUUUUCGUCAAAAUGCAGGCCAGUUGUUUCCGCCCGAACAUGUCGCGAAGGCGGUCGAAGAAAUAGAGGAGUUUUGUCGUAUUUUGGAGCACGAAGGAGUGACUGUGCGCCGGCCCAAAAUUAUCGAUCAUAGCAAGACUUUCCAAACACCAGAUUUUACUUCAACGGGCAUGUACGCAGCGAUGCCUCGUGAUAUUCUUCUGGUUGUUGGUAAAGAGAUCAUUGAAGCUCCAAUGUGUUGGCGCUCAAGAUUCUUUGAAUACAGAGCUUAUAGAGAUCUCAUGAAGGAAUAUUUUCAUGCUGGGGCCACGUGGACAGUCGCUCCGAAAGCAUUAAUGGACGAUGCUCUGUAUGACGAGGAAUAUGCUAAUCUUCCGUACGAAGAACGGAGCAAAUUGGUUCUUGAAGGAAAAUAUGUCACCACUGAACACGAUAUUUGCUUCGACGCUGCUGAUUUCAUGAGAUGCGGGACUGACAUAUUCGUGCAAAGAAGCCAGGUGACCAACAAUUUUGGUAUUGAAUGGAUGAAGCGUCAUUUGGCUCCUAAAGGCUACCGAGUACACACCUUAUCCUUCCCUGAUCGCAAUCCGAUGCAUAUCGAUGCUUCAAUUAACAUCAUUGGACCCGGUUUAGUCCUAUCUAACCCUAUUCGUCCCUGCCACCAAAUAGACAUGUUCCACAAGGCAGGAUGGCACGUGGUUGAGCCACCAACGCCACUCAUCUCUGAUGAUCAUCCAUUGUGGAUGUCUUCGAAAUGGUUGUCCAUGAAUACUCUCAUGUUGGAUCCAAAGAGAGUGUUUGUCGCAAAGGGGGAAACUACAACCCAAAAGAUGUUUGAAGAUCUGGGUAUUGAAUGCAUCCCUGUGGAUAUUUCGUAUGCCAUGUCCUUGGGCGGAGGAUUUCAUUGCUGGACGACAGAUGUGAGAAGACGUGGAACGUUAGAAUCUUAUUUGUAAGCUGAGUAAGCUGUGUUACUAAAACUUAAAUGAGUAGAUUUUUGAAGAGUUUUGUUUAGUUUAAAGAGUUGUUAGUAUUUUUGUGAAAGACAAUCGGAAGGGGACGUAAGUAGCAGUUUAAAGGUGUGUUGACACGAUCCAAUUUUGUUGGAUCCAAUUCACUUCUGAUGGAUGUUUUCUAGUCUGUUGUCCUGUAAUGUACAAGGAAAAUGUAGAUGGAAAGCAAAUCAACUUAAACCCAAAGCAGUAGUUUAUCAAUAACAAACUACAUUCCAUACGUCAGAAGUAAAUUGGAUCCGAUAAAGUUGGAUCGUGUGAAUGGGCAUUAACUGCAUGUAAUCUGUUCUUCAUGAAGUAUGAAUUUUAUAGAAUAUCGGGCGGUGGUUAUCUUUAUUUAUAUAAACCCAGUAGUGAACACAUUCAACUUUUUGUUCGUUUUUUUCUUCUUUAUUAUUUUAAAGAGUAUGAAUACAGUAUCUAUCUAGGUUUUGUAUACAGCCAAGUUUC